AGCUGCAGUCAGAGCCGCUCUCACAGUGAACCGCUGCUGUUGGAGCAGCACCAUUCUCCCUCGGAUACUUAGCAUCUUUUUACCCACUCAGGAUAUGAAAUCUGUGUUUUAAAUCGCGUGGAAAUUCCUCAGCAAAUCCAAGAUGACGGUUGAUUUUGAAGACUGCAUCAAGGAUUCUCCCCGGUUUCGGACAAAUAUUGAUGAAGUGGAGACAGAAGUUGUGGAGAUCGAAGCAAAACUAGAAAAGCUGGUGAAGUUAUGCAGCGGGAUGAUCGAGUCUGGGAAGGCAUACAUCAGCGCCAACAAGCUGUUUGUCAACGGCAUCAGGGAUCUGUCUCAGCAGUGCAAAAAGGAUGAGAUGAUCUCGGAGUGCCUGGAAAAGUGCGGAGAAAGUCUGCAAGAGAUCAUUAAUUACCACAUGAUACUGUUUGAUCAAGCCCAGCGUUCUGUGAAGCAGCAGUUGCACAACUUCGUGAAAGAGGAUGUUCGGAAGUUCAAGGAGACCAAAAAGCACUUUGACAGGGUGCGGGAGGAUAUGGAAAUAGCGCAGGUGAAGAACGCUCAGGCGCCCAGGAACAAGCCGCACGAGGUCGAAGAAGCCACCAGCUCACUCAGCAUCACCCGCAAAUGCUUCCGACAUCUUGCUCUAGACUACGUCCUGCAGAUUAACGUCCUUCAGGCAAAGAAGAAAUUUGAGAUCUUGGAUGCGAUGCUCUCAUUCAUGAACGCCCAGUACUCGCUGUUCCAGCAGGGAUACAACCUUCUUGAUGAGCUCGACCCAUAUAUGAAGAAACUUGCCGCUGAUCUCGAUCAGCUGGUCAUCGAUUCUGCCAUGGAGAAGCGGGAGAUGGAACAUAAACAUGCAACUAUUCAACAAAGAACCCUCAUGCAGGAUUUUUCAUAUGACGACUCAAAGGUGGAGUUUAACGUGGACGCCCCUAAUGGCGUGGUGAUGGAGGGCUACUUGUUCAAAAGGGCUAGCAAUGCCUUCAAGACCUGGAACAGGCGGUGGUUCUCCAUUCAGAACAAUCAGCUGGUCUAUCAGAAGAAGUUGAAGGAUGUACUUACGGUGGUAGUAGAGGAUCUCCGAUUGUGUUCUGUAAAACCAUAUGAGGACAUCGAGAGGAGGUUCUGCUUUGAGGUCGUCUCCCCCUUCAAGAGCUGUAUGCUUCAGGCUGAGUCUGAGAAACUUCGACAAGCUUGGAUUCAAGCAGUUCAAGCUAGCAUUGCUUCAGCCUACAAAGAAAGCCCAGACACGUACUACAUCGAGCACCUGGACAGAACAGCCUCUCCGUCCACCAGCAGCAUUGAUUCAGCCAGUGAGCCGCGGGAGCGCAGCGCCAGGCCUGAAACGAUCCUGCAGCGCAUCCAGAGUCUGCCAGGGAAUGAGCAGUGCUGCGACUGCAGUCAAGCUGACCCACGCUGGGCCUCGAUCAACCUGGGCAUCCUGCUGUGCAUCGAGUGCUCCGGCAUCCACAGGAGUCUUGGCGUCCACUGUUCGAAGGUGCGUUCCUUGACCCUCGACUCGUGGGAACCAGAGUUAUUAAAGCAGUUGAUGUGUGAGCUUGGAAACAGCGUCAUCAAUCGCGUCUAUGAAGGUUCCUACCAAGAGCAGGGUCUGAAGAAACCAUCGCCCUCCAGUUCAAGGCAGGAAAAAGAGGCGUGGAUUCGAGCCAAGUAUGUGGAGAAGAAAUUCCUGAAGAGGCUUGGCUCCGCUGAGAUCCUGGUUAAUGGAGAGAGGAAGUCAGAGAGGCGGUGGAGCGUGAAGAAGUGCAGAAGACACAACAGCGCCACCACUGUUCCAAAAACCCAGCGGAGAUACAGACAAGAGCCUGGCAGCACCUCUCCUUCUGCUCUCUCAAUAGCAGCGGCAAAAUUCAGACGAGAGUCUUUGUUUUGCCCGGAUGAGCUGGAUUCUCUCUUCUCUUACUUUGAUAAUGGAUCUGGUCCUCGGAGUCUAAGCAGCGACAGCGGCCUGGGAGGCAGCACAGACGGCAGUACAGACAUCCUGGCGUUUGGCUCAGUGGUGGACAGCGUCACGGAGGAGGAGUGUGAAGAAUCUGAAGACUCGAGCGGUGAGACCGAGCCUGAGACGUCAGACCCGGAGGACAUGAGGGAGAUGGAUCCUGGAACCCUGCUCUAUAAAGCCUCUAAAGCUCGCAAUCUGCCAGUGAUGGCUGAAGCUCUAGCCCACGGCGCCGACGUUAAUUUGGUCAACGACGAGGACGAAGGAAAGACGCCCCUUAUACAAGCUGUUACUGGGGGUUCUCUGGUUGCCUGUGAGUUCCUGCUGCAAAACGCUGCUGAUGUCAACCAAAGAGAUGCAAGAGGGAGGGGCCCAUUGUAUCACGCUACUUAUCUAGGGCACACAGGACAGGUGUGUUUGUUUCUCAAAAGAGGAGCUGCGCAGAAUGACUGUGAUGAAGAAGGCAUGGACCCUUUGAGUAUAGCCGUGCAGCAAGCCAAUGCAGAUAUUGUCACGCUGCUGCGACUGGCCAGGAUGAAUGACGAAAUGCGGGAGUCAGAGGGACCGUUUGGACAGCCAGGAGACACUACAUACCUUGACAUCUUCAGGGAAUUUUCCCACAUGGCCUCCAACAACCCGGAGAAGCUGAAGCGUAGGAGUUUGCAUUUCCGACACUCGUUCAGGUAGUCGACUGGAUAUCUGGAGGGGAAAAGUGGCUCCGCUUCACGCUUAUAAGAGACCUACAAGAAACCUGGAGCACCUCCAGUUCAUCAGUCUACCACUUCCUGUUCCUGUUAAAAUGGUGAUAAGCUGUUAGGAUAGAUUGAAUGUGUCUCAGAGGAACUUUUAUUUUGGUAGGGCAAUAUUCUUUUGAGGAACUGCUGGUCUUUUCCUCUUGAAUAUGAAUUUAGAAACCCACUUUCCCUUAAAUGUUGAUGAGCACUUAUUCUGGCUGUGGUCAUAUAUAUAUAAAAAACCAUUUCUGUCAUGUUGGUGAUUGAAGGAAUUUCAUUAUUACCGUAUAUUUUCUCUGUAUGCAUGCAUUACAUUUCAUAUUUUAAACUUACAUUCAAAUACAGCUGAUAAGUUUUACGUUAACCAUCCGUAUUAUACAGUUGCAGUGAUGUUUCUUUGAAUGUGCAGCCUAUUUUGAUAAGAAACGUGUUUUAUUUUGCAUCGACUACGCUGGUCUAGUCCUUCUCUUUGAAUGUACUUUGCUUCACCACUAUGAGAUGAGGUCUUAACGUCCUGUAUGCAUGCUGGAGAAGUGAAAUAAAGUGUUAAUAUAUCAAGAGAAAUGAAUGAAAA